AUGGGUGGGAUAUUGCUUCCUACACUGACCGACUCGGUCAAGCUUGACCUCCAGCACCCGUCGAAAUGCUCGAGCACAACCGUGACCACUUUGCGACAGCUGCUUAUAGGUGCUGUGAACGAUGAACUGCCAAAGGAAGCGAAACCAUCGAAACGAGCGACGACAAGCAAGCCGCCUUCAAAAUCUACGCGACCCGUCAAGGCGCGAGGUGCUACGAAGAAUAUUGCUCCUCUAGAUCCAGCGAACGACGACAAGCUGCCGGUAUUGUCAAAACACGAGAAGCUUGUUCUUGCGACCGAAGUGUUCAAUAUCGCAUCAAAGCUGCUCUCCGAACAUAUCAAGAAAACUUCAGGCUCACGCAAUGCUAGGACAGCUGGAGAAAAUGGAAGUCAACGAGUCAGGACCACCAGCCCAACGAAAAUGCCGUUGCAGCCAACAUCGUCUAACCCAAAGGUGCAGCAGGCGGACAACCUGAAGGGAACUACCGAGGAUUAUACUAAAUCCAAUGGGAAAGGUCGAAUUAGUCUAAUUGCGGAAUGUGCCAUGCUAUCACUGGAGGCUCUCUGCGAUAUUCGAGUUUCCGAAGACAGCUUCGACCCUAACAACCUUCACCUCGGCCAGGGAAUAAAUAUACUAGUUGGGAAGCUGUUGAUCCUUGGACUUCAUGGAUUGGCCAUAAAGGGACUCUGGAUGCUGAAAUCUGCUAUUCAGGCUGCCAUCGAAGCGGAGCGGACAAAAAGAACCAAUGGGCUGCAGAAAAGGUAUAUGGAUUUGCAGAACUCUUCGCUGGAAUCGCUUCUGGAAUUUCGGGCCCUGCCUGAAAACGGACCACUUUUACAGCUUUUGAUGUCCUUUCAAUCCUAUGCUCUUAAAGUUCUUAUAACCGAAGGGAACCUCAGCACGAGUCAUAAAGCUUUUCAGCAACUUCGUCUAGGGAACCCAUGUAGCCCUAGCAAUACCAUUCUAGCGGCAAAUAAAAUCGGAAGCAUUACUGACGAUAAGGCAGCCCAACAACUCCAAUCUCAUUCGCAAAAUAUUCUAACUUUCUCAAUCAUACUCUCUCCUGCCGAGGAAAAGCAAGCUCCCGGUGCCCGCGCAGAAAACCCAACAAUCCCCUUGCUGUUGCAGUUCCUGGCAUUGGAAAUCCGCUCCAUUUGGUGGAAAUUAUCCGGCCAUAAAUGCGAUCUAACUAAAGAACUUUGGGGUCCCCUUUCUCGAUUCAUUUCAACUUAUGUUCGACGGUGCCCUAAUUCACAAAAGCAUGAGUUUGAUGCCAUUCAGGAUGCAUUUAAACAGUUGAACGCGCGGCUGGAGUCAUACAAGUACCUGGUAAAUGGCGAACACAAAUCUUCGUCAAUGGCUACAGUUGCAAAAACACUUGGCCAAAUAGCUUACAGCGCUGGGCGGCUAGAAAUCGCAGCUGAACUUUGUGAGGUUUCUUCUACGUCGCUCACGGAUACACGACCAUUGCAACGCGCAAUAUGCCAGUGUAGAAGAGCUUUGCUAAAGGUUGAAUCGGCAAAGGCACGGUCUACUUCAGAGUCUGAAAUUUUCGAGGCUGUCAAUAAAGCUGCAACGGAUUUGACUGCGUCCAUGAAGGGUAACCAGACUGAACUGGACGAGCUACUCAUGGAAAGUGCUCUACUUAAAAAAGCGGUUAUGAAAUAUAUAUCUCAGACGGAAUCCGCGCCCAGAAUAUUGGAGGCCCCAACUGCAACCUAUGAUUCGGCGCUAGGUUAUUUGAUGAGCUUUCUCAGGUUUCUUAUACGAUACCUAGCACCGGCAGCCCACGCUUACCAACAAGAUGAUGUGGAUGCAGUGACUCGGUAUCUACAAAGAUCUAGCAAUAUUGUUCUAGCGGCGAUAGAUUCAGUUAUUGCUCUUGGGAAACUUUCAUUAGGCGGAUCUUCGCUGGCAUGGACCAAAGUUGAGGCUCUCCUCCCCGUCUGUGUCUCCCUCAGUCAGUUAAUACAGAAACUUGGGCCGUUUUGUGAACUAGAGAGCUGCCCAUCUAGCGAUGCAUCAGUGCGACUACUGAGAAUAUCAAAUUUAUAUUGGGCAACUUAUAUGCAGUAUAAAGACCUUGCUAAGGACCCUGCUGAGCUGCUUUUACCCGUGGAACAGGCUACUAGUAUCCUGGGACAUUCCGCUCUUAAGGAACAAACAUCGGGGCUACUCGCCAUUAAAUUUGAGAGGCAGGCAGCCUUGUAUUCGGAUAUCGGCCUGUCAAAAAAAUCGUCCAAGGCGUAUAUAUCAGCAUUUCACGCCCAUUUUGAGGCUGGGGUGUUAGAAAAUGCCUGCCAAUUGUCCUCUAAGGAACACCCGCGUCAUAUCUGGAAAGACCCUAAGGGACCUGCAUAUGCACUCGGCCGGGCUUUAAAUUGCUACGUUAAGGAGCAAAUCAAACAUGGUUCACGGACAAACCCAGUCAUAUAUGACGUUGAAGACCUCGAAUCAUGCCAACGGGCAACUCUGCUUGAGCAACAGCUGAGCAUUCUCAUGGGAUUGUAUAGCCUCACAACGUCGACUCUAGUGACUGAAUCCCUUCCAUCGCUACUAUCCACAAUCCUCACUUUAUUGCCCUUGGAUACUUACCCAAUCCGCCGGACAAGGAUUAUACAUCAAACCCUGCAGUUCCUACUAGAAAAUAAUGCGGAUUGUAGCAAGGAGUUCUCCGAAUUUCUUCUUACCGAAGCAGCCCAGUGCUUAUCUUCUUCCAUUUUACCGUCUAAAGAUAAAGACUUAGUUCUGUUUCGGGAUGAUCUUCAGGCGUCAUUGAUGGUUACCGUGGCAUUCUAUUCGGGUGCAACGCCUCUAAAUGUUUUUGAGAACGCCAUUCAGACCUGGGUUGUUGUUAUCCAAGGCUGCGAGUCGUGGGAGGCUGUUCAGAGCCGGAUCGGGGACCCCCUCUCUUUAAUCCAUCAUUUACGAGGUCUAUCAGAUUAUCUCGAAGUCAGAGGGCUGUGGAAAUUGAGGCUAUCCGCCCUUGCUACUAUCAGUCAACUUCUUAUGUUGCAAGAUAGACCCGACUUCUCAAUGAUGGUUGCUUGUUAUUCAUCCAUGGCACUCCAGUAUUGUCGGCUAGGGUAUUCAGAAAAGGCCCACCAUCUGCUUACAAGAGCUAAGGCGGUUAUUGAAGAACAUACAAUAUCUCCUCAUGUCCUACUUUCCUGGCAUCUGAGCUCUGCAGAAUAUAGUCUAGAGAGAGGGGAGCAUUCAAAGAGCAUGGAACGCAUAUUCCAAGUUCAACCAGUAUUUGACAGCAUUUCAGGCGACCUUUCAAAGGAAAGUUUCCAAACGAGGGCUGUGGUUGAGCGGCUGGCAACGGACGCUGCGACUAUAUUAUCUCGGUCUUUCUACGGCGAUGGAUAUCCCAAUGAAGCAGCUUACUAUGCAAAGCGUGCUGUCAAGCUCAGUAGCCGAUUAUGGGCUAGGUUAGAGAAAUAUGUGGAAGCAAAGUCCGGCAAGCAGUGUAAGGAUAAGGUUUCUGACCCUGACUCCUUAGCAGAUGGUAUAGCAACUCUCAACAUUGAUACGAAUGGCAGCAAACCAUCAAAAUGUCACUUCGAGGGCUCAAUUUACUGGCCGUAUUUGUCUUCUCACGUUUCAGCGCUACUUCAGCUAUCAAGGAUAUCAGAUCAUAAUGGAAUCUUCCAGGAUGCAGUCUACCAUGGAGAACAAGCAAUAGCGGUUUGUGAUGCUAUUGAUGCUCAAGCGCUAUCCUCCCUCAUUAAGGCAGAGCUGGGUGAUCGUUUUAUUCGAGGGGGUCGUACACACAAAGGAGUUGAACUCCUUGAGAAAGUACAACAUCUCGCUCAAGAAGGAUGCAAUUCCCUCCAGUCAAUUUCAGUCAAUAUGCAUUUAGCAUCCCUCCAUGUCCAUCGAGAGGAAGCUGAAUGCGCUUAUCGCGUUGUUUCUGAUUCCAUUAACGCUCUUCUGGGCUUUACCAAUGACAAUGCUGUGGAUUCUCUAGACCCCUUUAUAGAUCCCAUGAAGGGCAUAGUUGAAGAAACGAGGAAUAUGGUUAUUUCUUCCCCCAAAAAAUCGACCACUCGUUCUACUACCCGCGCUACGCGCUCUCAAAGUGUUAGAAAACCACGCCAAACAAAAGCAGCCGCCCGGUCAAAAACGCCAAUUCCUACCGAAUCGGAAACUAUAAAAAAUCAAACCUUCGCUACACGACUUCAAAGCAGCCUCCUCAGGAAACAAGCCAUGCUUUUACUUGCAUCUCAACAGUUUGAGCAAGUUAUAGAUUUACUUGACCAAGCCGAUAAGAUCCUUAGCACAGAAACGGCAAUCUCCAGCCAUAACCUAUGUAGGGUCCACUAUAUGCUGGGGAUAGCGGUGGAGCAGCUCUCGGGGCAUUCCAUUUACUGUGUUCUCCCGGAGUCGACUAUUUCAGUUCCAUCGCUACAUCCGGGGGGCCAAGGCUUGAAAGAAAGCUCACGAUCAAAGCCACGGGCGGGAAAGAAAGCGAAGUCUGGCACUAAUUCCGGAUGCGACUUUUCGGAAACCCUGUCCACCGCUAGCAAAGUUCUUGCAGACAUCUCUUUGCCAAUAUCUAGACAUGGAUCUAGUAAGGAGGGUCAUGAAACUUCUUAUCUUCGAAGUCGAACGUCAAUGCUAGCCUUUGCAACGUCGGCAGCACGAAAUUCUGAUGUAGAUCCAUGCCUCAUUGCCCAUUCUAUUGAGAUGGGACGUAAUUCUGCAUUUUCGCGCGAUCGCCUGUCAAUUGUGUCCGACAAGGAGCUAUCUAAUCAGAUGAGCCGUCUAGAUUGGCCCACCCUACCAUCGGCUAACUUGGAUGUAGUGCCUUCGGAGGAGGGUCAGUUCAUGGGAAAAUACAUUAAUAUCCUCCCAGAGGAAUGGGAUGUCAUAUCGAUGACUCUUUGUCCCAGUCAAGAUGAAUUUAUUAUAUCCAAACUGCGGUCUGGCCAAUGUCCGCUGAUUUUGCGUCUACCGCUCAAAAGAGGUGGUGAGGAUGACAUGGACGAUAAUACGUUUAGUUUCCAGGAGGGAAAAGCAGAACUUUUAGAAAUCGUUCGCCUUGCCAAUGCAAGCGCUCAUAAUACGGGCACAGCACUUGGUAAGAAGGAAAAGAAAGCGUGGUGGGAAACCCGAGAGGAUCUUGACAAACAGCUACAAGAUCUUUUGCAAAACAUUGAGACUAUAUGGUUUGGAGGAUUCCGUGGCAUAUUUUCCCAGGCUCCUAGGAAUGAUCUGCUUCUGGGGAAAUUUAUAGCUUCCUUCGGCAAAAUCCUUGACAAGCACCUUCCGUCAAGAAAGGAGAAAAGAGGGAAAUCCAAGGCUAAAUACCCAGCCUUUGAUCCCUGGGUGAUGGAGCUUUUUGUCAAUAUCGGCAGACUUGACGAUGAGAUGAAUCCAGAAGAUGCUGUUAUGGAUCUGUUAUAUUACAUUGUUGAUAUUCUUCAGUUCCAUGGCGAGACAAACGCUUAUGAAGAAAUAGAUUUUGACAUGAUGGUGGUGGAAACGCUAGAUUUGCUGCACCGGUACGCGGAUGGUUGCAAGUGGGAGCAAACACCAACACCAUCCCGACACACGAUUUUGAUUCUUGACAAGUCACUCCAUGCAUUUCCCUGGGAAUCUAUGGAAUGCCUGAGAAAUUGCUCUGUCUCGCGCAUGCCUUCACUCGACAGCGUGCGAGAUCAGAUACUACGACUUACACCCCAAGAGAGGCAUGAAGGUGGCCAAUUCGGGUUCUAUGCUAGUCGAAAUAGCGGCACUUAUCUACUGAAUCCAGCCGGUGAUCUCAAAUCCACGGAAGCUCUCUUCAAGGAAUCACUUUCUGCAUUGGAGGGUUGGGCCGGCCGAGUAAAGACGGCGCCAACGGAAGAGGAGUUUGAGGCAUCAUUGCAAACUAAGGACAUCCUGCUAUACUUCGGACAUGGCAGUGGUGCUCAGUAUAUCCGUGGCCGUACAAUUCGAAGGCUAGAUAAGUGUUCUGUGACCUUCCUUAUGGGAUGCAGCAGUGGUGCGAUGACGGAGGCUGGUGACUUCGAGCCAUACGGAACCCCAUGGAAUUAUAUGCACGCUGGAACGCCGGCUUUGGUGGCAACUCUCUGGGACGUGACUGAUAAGGACAUUGAUCGGUUCACUGCCUCUGUGUUUGAGCAGUGGGGCCUUUUUCCAACCCCGACCCUGACUUCGAAAAAGCCCAUUCCACCUCCCUCAGGUAUUAAAUACACCGGUCAAGUGGGCCUGGACACAGCUGUAGCUGGCUCCCGAGAUACUUGUAUUCUCAAAUACUUGAAUGGAGCAGCGCCGGUUGUGUAUGGAGUUCCAGUGUUUUUGAAAUAA